UGACUAGCAAGAGACCAAGAGAGAAUUCUGUUGACUUGAAAAGCUAUCCAAAUUCAAAAACCAAGAACCCGGCUCUCGCUCAGACCAGACCCACGGCAGUUAUUUCAGAAUUUUAGACAGAAACGUUAAAAUCUUGAACUUUCACAAACUUGAUUCGAGAAUGGAGCCCAUGGACGUUGCAGAAGGAAGUGUGAGCGUGAUCAACACCGAUUUUGUGAAAGUAUUUGUUUCAGUCUCCACUUCAAGCACGUACAGUGCUGAGAAAAGCUUUGCCAGAGGCAUCACAAUUGCAGACCUUAAAUGCAAGCUCGAGUUGAUGACAGGUGCCAGUGCCGGGUCGAUGCAGCUGACAGUCUUGGACAAGGCUGGAAACCGUGUUUGCCUGUUGGACGAUAAUAACCGACUUCUGGGAUCAUACCCUGUAGAUAGUGGCAUGGUCAUUUUCGUUGCUGAUGUUGCCCCAAAAUUUGAUUUUGACAUAAACUCCUCUGAAGUGCAAAAGUUUGAACUUUCUGCUGAGAAAUAUGCUGAGAGAGGAGACACCGUCAGGGCUCAUCUUGCGAGAAACAAAAUAGGCAAAUUUGAUCCAGCUCGGGAAGAGCAGCUGAGGCAGGAAAGAGAGGCUCUUGCCCUUCUUGAAGCUGAGUUGGCGAGCAAAAUUGGUGUUGGAAACAGAUGUCAGGUCGCAGUUCCAGAGCAGCCAACACGAAGGGGGCAGGUUAUGUUUGUCGGAAACGUCCAUUUCAAACCUGGAGUUUGGGUUGGAGUGAAACUGGACGAGCCUUGCGGCAAGAAUGAUGGGAGUGUCGAGGGUCAAAGGUAUUUUACCUGUCCUCCAAAAUACGGCAGUUUUGUCAAAGUUAGCUAUGUCACAGUCGGGGACUUUCCUGAAAUUGAUCCUUUUGAGGUAGACGAAAUUUAAGGAUUUCAAAAUUCUGAUCGAA